GCCAUGUGGACAGCCCAGCUGGUGGUGGUGCUGGUGGCGGCUCUCGUAGCGGCGGCCUCUGCCCAGUUCGGGGGGACGGACCCGGGCGGCCUGCUCAACGACCCGGCUGCGAUCACCGAGAUCGUACAGUGCCUGCUGGCCAACUCGGACUCAGGUUGCUCGCUACAGGGACGUCUGCUCAAGAGUGUGCUGCCGCAACUGCUGCAGUCCAACUGCGGCCAGUGCAGCGAGGCGCAGCGCCAGGACGUGGCCAAUGUGCUGCGCCACCUGGUCAACGACAGGCCGGAGGAGUGGCAGCGCCUCGCCGCCAAGUACGACCCGGCGGGCACCCUGCGCACGCAGCACGGGGACGAGUGGCGCGCGCGCGGCGUCAACAUGUAGCCGCGCCCCUAACACGUUGAGGUUUCACGGAAAAGCACCCUAUAAAGCACCAAUGAACUUGCAGUCAACUCUUAAAAUACUGGAGUUUACCAAACUGAACCACACCAGCACCUCCGAAGCAUCUGACGUAAAGGAACGUUAUUUCCUUCAAAGAAUGUAUGCUGUUGCCACUAUCUGGUAUUCUCCAAAUUGCACCUUGGCGUCACGUACCUGAUGUGGUGACUGACAUGAAACUAGUGACAUGUACAUUAAAUUACGUCUAUGGACGCCAUAGAAA